CCUCCAGCCGGAUCCCACGGACCGAGGGGGCUGUUCUUCCCAGGACUCCAGAUCUGCCGGUUCUGCCGUGGUGCCCCGAUUGCGCUUUUUCUGUGCUCCAGCCUGGAAAUUCGUGGUGCGCGCCGCCGAGUUCUGGGGGCGGGCGGAGAAGCGCUGGGGUUUUCUGCGCCCAGAAAACUUUGGUACUUACUGUUGCUCUGAAGGCACAGCCCGAGCAGAUACCGUCCCGCUUGGCGCGAGGUGACCGCGGAGCAGCUGCUAACGUGGAGGGAGGAGGACCCGCGCUCCUUGAUGACCGCAAAUGUUAGCGGUGGGGCAGAUGGAUGCUAAUCGCCAGAGCGCGUUCGUCCUCAGCAGUACGCCGCUGGCCGCGCUGCACAACAUGGCCGAGAUGAAGACCUCUCUCUUCCCCUACACCCUGCAGAACCCCUCCGGCUUCAAGGCACCAGCUCUGGGCGGACUGAACACGCAGCUCCCCUUGGGGACGCCGCACGGUAUAAGCGACAUCCUGGGUCGGCCCGUGGGCUCCGCCAGCAACCUGCUGGGCGGGCUGCCCCGCAUCAACGGGCUGGCGGCCUCAGCCGGGAUGUACUUCAAUCCUGCCGCCGUCUCCCGCUACCCGAAACCGCUGGCGGAGCUUCCGGGCCGGCCGCCCAUUUUCUGGCCGGGAGUGGUGCAGGGCUCUCCCUGGAGGGAUCCCCGUCUCGCCUGUCCUGCUCAAACGGGGAUGGUUUUAGACAAGGACGGCAAGAAGAAACACUCGCGACCGACUUUCUCUGGGCAGCAGAUAUUUGCUUUGGAGAAAACCUUCGAGCAGACGAAAUACUUGGCAGGACCGGAGAGAGCCCGCCUUGCCUAUUCCCUAGGGAUGACCGAGAGCCAAGUGAAGGUCUGGUUCCAGAACAGAAGGACCAAAUGGCGGAAGCGGCAUGCAGCGGAGAUGGCCUCAGCCAAGAAGAAGCACGACUCGGAGACGGAGAAGCUGAAGGAGAGCUCGGAGAAUGAGGAUGACGAUGAAUACAACAAGCCCCUGGACCCCAACUCAGACGAUGAAAAAAUCACGAGGCUAUUGAAAAAGCACAAGUCCACGAACCUGUCCCUCGUCAGCCCCUGCAGCACCAGCUCGGACACCUUGUGAGGGUACGGGCAUCUACUGCAGCUGCAGGCAGCCAGGCGAGCCGCUGUGGUGGGCACCGUGAGAGACAAAUUGUAACUGGAUGUUUAAAGUGGUGUGUUGUACAGCCCAAGAUGUAUGUUAAAUGUAUAUAUUUUUUACAGAAUAAGUUAUGAAAUUAUUUUCCUUCUCAUCGAUGUAAAUUUCAGAGGAAUUUUUCCAACUUUUAAGGUUUUGU